AUGGCAAGUGCGCCUGCCUUGUCGCUCCAUACGCCGCGCCGGGUGCCGAGCAGCGAAGCUGCCAAGAGACAGUAUGAGCUGCUCCCAAAAUACCAGCGCAAUGCCGACGGCACGCCUGAUUAUCUUCGUAUGGUGUUGAGUGCACACCUGUACGACCUAGCAAAAGUCACGCCAGUGCAAAAAGCGUCGCACAUCUCGUCGCGUCUGGGGUGCAACGUGAUGCUCAAGCGCGAGGACUUGCAGCCCGUGUUUAGUUUCAAGCUGCGUGGUGCGUACAAUAUGAUGCGCCAGCUCGAGGAGAGUAAGAAAUGGAGGGGUGUCGUGGCCUGCAGUGCUGGAAAUCACGCGCAGGGCGUCGCUAUGGCUGGCGCCCAUCUGUCUAUCCCGUGCACGAUAGUGAUGCCGAGUGGCACACCGCAGAUCAAAUGGGAAAAUGUGAAGCGCCUUGGCGCCAAGGUCGUUUUUUACGGUGCGAAUUUCGACGAAGCCAAAGCAGAAUGCACGCGCUUGGCCCAGGCGUACGACCUCACCGUCAUUCCGCCGUUUGACCAUCCCCAGGUGAUUGCGGGCCAGGGAACCAUCGGUGUCGAAAUAUGCAACCAAAUUGACCUGUCCAAUGUCGACACUAUAUUUUGUGCGGUCGGCGGCGGCGGUUUGCUGAGCGGCGUCGCUACGUAUGUCAAGCGCAUCGCGCCGCCGCACGUCAAGGUCAUUGGCGUGGAGACUUUUGAUGCGGACGCGCUAGCGCAGAGCCUGGAGCAAGGCGAUCGGGUCACACUCCACGAGGCGGGCCUUUUUAGCGAUGGCACGGCCGUGCGUAUUGUCGGGGAAGAGUGUUUCCGCCUUUGUGCCGAGCUUGUGGACGGCGUGGUGCGUGUAUCCAACGACGAAAUCUGCGCGGCCAUCAAGGACAUUUUCGAGGACACGCGCUCGAUCACAGAGCCUGCCGGCGCACUCGCUGUCGCGGGCCUGAAGCGCUACGUCGCGGAGCAGGGCGCUGCUGCAAGUGGUCGCACGUUUGUUGCCGUCGUCAGCGGCGCCAACAUGAACUUUUCGCGCCUCCGCUUUGUCUCUGAGCGCGCAGAUAUGGGCGAGCAGCGCGAGGUGAUUAUUUCCGUCGAGAUUCCCGACGAGCCCGGGAGCUUCUUGAAGCUCCACGGAGAAAUCAGCCCCCGCGACGUGACGGAAUUUUCGUACCGCUACAGCGGCGACCGCCGCGCCUUUAUCUUUUCCUCUUUUUUGUUGAACGGCCAGAUCCCGCAGCAGCGUGCGAACCCGAUCUUGGCCAGCACUGCACCAGGCACACGGGGCUCGAUCCGCGACCGCGAAAUUGCGGGUGUUGUGGAUGCUAUCAACGCACAUGGCAUGCACGCCGUGGACAUCACCAACGACGAAAUGGUCAAGACGCAUAUGCGGUACAUGAUUGGCGGUCGUGCGCGCGUUCCCGACGAGCGUGUGUUUCGCUUCGAAUUUCCUGAGCGCCCCGGCGCAUUGCGCAAAUUUUUAGAAGGGAUCAACAUGGGGUGGAACAUUUCCCUCUUCCACUACCGCAACCACGGCGGCGACAUUGCCAAAGUCUUGGCGGGAAUCCAAGUUCCCAGCGACACCGAGGCCAAGUUUGACCAGUUCUUGGCAGACCUUGGCUACCAGUACCAAGAGGAGACGCAGAAUCCUAUAUACCGCAGGUACUUGAUCGAAGUUGACGCUUGA